CGUUCGAUCACCCGACGAAACCGGCAACCAUCGCAGUCGGCCGCCAUCAAUCAAACGCUUGUGCAAAAAACGACGACGGGCACAUUAACAUAGUCGUGCAGCGGGUCCUCACCCCUGCUAGAAACCAGGCCGCUCGAUAAAGCACCCGUUUUUCGUUCGUAAGGACCGCGUCGCUAGUCAGUGAGAGUGAUUUGUCGUAGGCAGGAUAGGAGAGUGUAAAAUUGGGCGUCGGGCUGUAUGUUUAUUUACCCAGAAGCGCUGGGCGUACGGUGUUACGGGAUUUUUGUUUGUUUGUUAAAAUAAGUCACCCCACUCAACCAAGCAACGAUAAACCGCGUGCCGCACGAACGUCGCUAACAUGGAGCAGGUCACGAAGCUGCGAAUGAGCUUCGAAAAGCAGGAAAGCCUUAUCAAGCUGGGCAUCCUGACGACGGCGGCAAUCCUGUCAUUUUCUACACGCCUGUUUUCCGUCCUGCGGUUCGAGAGUGUCAUCCACGAGUUUGAUCCCUACUUCAACUACCGCACGACAAAGUAUUUGGCCGAGCAGGGCUUUUAUAACUUCCAUAACUGGUUCGAUGACCGAGCGUGGUAUCCGCUGGGCCGCAUCAUUGGCGGCACCAUCUAUCCGGGGCUGAUGGUAACGUCGGCCACGCUGUACCGGCUGAUGUGGCUGCUGAACAUCACGGUCGAUAUUCGGAACGUGUGCGUCUUUCUGGCCCCGUUCUUCUCGUCGCUUACGACCAUCGUCACCUAUCUGCUGACGAAGGAGAUCCAUAGCACGGGUGCCGGGCUGGUUGCGGGCGCCAUGAUCUCCAUCGUGCCGGGCUAUAUCUCACGGUCCGUAGCCGGAUCGUACGACAACGAGGGCAUCGCGAUCUUCUGCAUGCUGCUCACGUACUACACCUGGAUUAAGGCGGUCAAGACGGGAGCCAUCCUAUGGGCGACGCUGGCCGCGCUAGCCUACUUCUACAUGGUUUCGUCCUGGGGCGGGUACGUGUUUCUCAUCAAUCUGAUUCCCCUGCACGUGCUGGCCCUGAUGGCGACCGGGCGCUUCACGCACCGUGUCUACAUCGCCUACAGCACCCUCUACACGAUCGGCACCAUCCUGUCGAUGCAGAUCUCGUUCGUCGGCUUCCAGCCCGUCCAGAGCUCGGAGCAUAUGCUUGCGUUCGGCGUGUUUGGACUCUGCCAGCUGCAUGCGUUCGUCGAUUACGUGCGCUCUGCCGUGCCACGGGAGCACUUCGACUUGCUUUUCCAAGCGCUGGUCGUCACCAUCGCAUCCAUCGCCGCCCUCCUCGGCCUGGUGCUGACCGUAACGGGCAAGAUCUCACCCUGGACCGGUCGGUUCUACUCGCUGCUCGAUCCGUCGUACGCGAAGAACCACAUUCCGAUCAUCGCGUCCGUUUCCGAGCAUCAGCCCACCUCCUGGUCGUCGUUCUACUUCGAUCUGCAAAUCCUGGUGUUCCUGUUCCCCGCCGGGCUGUACUUCUGCUUCGCCAAGCUCUCCGACGCCAACAUCUUCAUUAUCCUGUACGGUGUGACGAGCAUCUAUUUCGCCGGCGUAAUGGUACGUUUGAUGCUGGUGCUCGCGCCCGUCAUGUGCAUCCUUUCCGGCAUCGCCAUUUCCCACCUGCUCACCAAGUACAUCCGCAACGUGGACGUUGGUGGAACGGGAGUGCCCGGCGUGCCCGACGCUAACACGAGCAACCGCAAGGCGAAGGCUCGCUACGAGCAACAGUCGCCGGUGAAGAACGAGGUAGCGAUCGGGUUCGUGCUGCUCGUCACCUUCCUGCUCAUCACGUACACGUUCCACUGCACCUGGGUCACUUCGGAGGCAUACAGCUCACCGAGCAUCGUGUUGAGUGCCCGAUCGCACGACGGAGGGCGCAUCAUAUUCGACGACUUCCGUGAAGCUUACUACUGGCUAAAGAUGAACACUCCAGAGGAUGCGCGUGUUAUGUCUUGGUGGGAUUAUGGCUACCAAAUUACGGCCAUGGCCAACCGUACGAUCCUGGUGGAUAACAACACGUGGAACAACACGCACAUUUCGCGCGUCGGGCAGGCGAUGGCCUCAACCGAGGAGAAGGCGUACGAAAUCAUGAAGGAGCUCGACGUUGACUACGUGCUGGUUAUUUUCGGUGGCCUCACGGGCUACUCGUCGGAUGACAUCAACAAGUUCCUGUGGAUGGUGCGUAUCGGUGGAAGCACGGACCGUGGUGCGCACAUCAAGGAGGUGGACUACUACGCGCAGAGCGGUGACUUCCGCAUCGACAAGGAGGGUUCGCCAACGCUGCUGAACUGUCUGAUGUACAAGAUGUGCUACUAUCGCUUCGGCCAGGUGUACACCGAGGGCGGCAAAGCGCCCGGCUACGAUCGGGUUCGCGGUGCGGAGAUCGGCAACAAGGACUUCGAGCUGGACGUGCUCGAGGAAGCGUACACCACCGAGCACUGGCUUGUGCGGAUCUACAAGGUGAAAGAUCUCAGCAAUCGUGGUGUUUGAAGCGUUCUACCGUCUAUCGUUUUUUUUUGUUUAAUUCAACAUUUUUCGAAUCCCCUACAAGCCCCUGUUCUGUCCCCUUUCCUAGCAUUGUAUUGGCCCAAGUCAACGAGCAAUGCUGAUUUAAUUUCCUUAAGUGCACAAGUAAAUCGGUUUGAAGUGAUUUUUGUAGAUCAGAAGGAUGGAGCCCUUUUUUGUUUACCACUUUGUGCGUUUGUCGAACAUCGAGUCAUAUGAAUUAGCACUAGUCGCGAUAUGUGUACCCUUUUUUUUACUUACCCAUUUCCGUGGGAUUUCCUAUUUCUUUUUGCCCUUCCCCAGCAACGAACAUGCCCUUUUUUGUUCUUUAUCUUUAUAAUCGAUUCUGCUCGCGUCAUUUGCAAACCGAGCGACCGAACGCACACGAUAGAAUUGCCUUCGCAAAAUAAACGUCACAUUAAAUCAGUCAGAGCCAAAAGCGAUCAAACCUAGGUGCCGUUUUAAGAGAGAGAAAAAAAGUAUAAAACACACAAGCCGACGGACGUUCAGUCCGACCAUGUCCAGGUACCAGUCCAUCACCAGCAUUCCUCACGCACGGCAAGAAACUGUAAUGGCAAGGCAAUCUGUAAUCAUUCACCCCAUUUUUGAUCAGCUGGUGGGGCGCUGAUAGGCGGCGCGGUUCUUGCCUCGGAACUAAUGGAACAAAUAAAAGAAAAAAAGAAGAAUUUAAUUUUACA